AUGGCUGAGGGUCUGUGGCGAGGGCCUAGCGCCGAUCAGGAUAUUAGAUUUUCGGAUAAAGACACGAAGCUCCUGAAGACACAACGAUUCGCAAAAAUAUUUGAUAAACCUGUGGACAUGAAGAAGGUAAAGAAGGAAGUUAUUUACCCGUGGAUUGCUAGAAGAGUGACUGAGCUUCUUGGAGUUGAAGACGAGGUUCUAAUCAACUAUAUUUUUAGUCUACUCCAAGACGAGGUGGAUCCUAAACGCAUGCAGAUACAGCUGACAGGAUUCCUGGAGAAUCACACGACUACUUUCAUGAAGGAAUUGUGGAGAAUUCUCCGUAACGCUCAUCGCAAUGAGCACGGGAUUCCGCAGAAACUUCUGGACGAAUUCGCAGAGGAAAAUGGAUUAAUUCCUACUGAGGUAGGAGAUGCGAGAAAAAAGGCAUUGGAAGCUGCUGCAAGGCUCUCGUCAGAUAUCCUUGAGGAUGCUCAAAAGGAACGCGGGACGAAAGAAGACCACGAGGUUCCAACGGUCGACCGACUCGGAGAUGCAGAUUUACAGAGAUGCAACCGAAGCAAUACUUUCCACGUGCACGAUGAAGACUGGAGGAGGAAGCGCAGUUUUAGUGCAGUUGAGAAACGUGAUUUUAAUGCGCAAAAGCGUAGAAGGUUCACGAACCAUCAUGGAAAUCGUUACAACCACAGCGAUCGAUUUCGACCCAAUAAUACCCAUCGCUCUGACUUUCAACAACAGCCUCAAUGGCAUCGCAACCAACGACGUAGUAACUGCAACCCACAGCAAUCAUGGUCGUCGGGAAAAACAUACAUAAGGGAGGGAAAUGGCAGGUCUUUCCGAAGAAACAACUCGAACCAGCGUAAUUCUGCCAACGUGACAUACACACCUCGAUUCGAAUGCUCGCGAAAUGAGACGGAUUCACUAGCCGAACUGAAUGUCAACAUUGAGCGGCAAAUGACUUACCCUCCCGGAUUUGAGAAGAAAAUCAACGCAGAGUUCCACGACGAUCAAGAUACGCAGCCGCCUCAGUCACCACCCCCAGGAUUCGAACGUCGUCGAGAAUGGCGUUCUGAGACCCAAUCACGGAGUUUCAAGAGGCCUUCCUCUCCUCAAUCCAGGUGGAAGCCCCAGCCUGAGGCGCGUCUGGGUUUUGAAGGGUCAUGUGAAGAAGCUAAAGCAGAACAGUUUCAGAGCUUUCAAGACACUGCUGCCACUAAUCCUGACACUGCCCAAGUUGAAGAUCAUCAGUGUGCUGCUGCGGCACGUACUGCUGGUGGAUCUGUGCAGGAUAUUGGAGGUGCAACUGCACAAGUUGCUGUUGACGGUGGAAGGACAAGUUUCACACAAGCCUAG